GUUUAUUUGUUUGUAAACAGAUGCUGUAUAGUACGUAGAAGCUUUCUCUUCGAAAAUGGCCAAUUACACCCCGGCGGACGUGGUUCUCUCGCUACUGGACCGGUACGGAACCGGAUUCCGCCCAAAAGAUGACCCCUUUUUCACGGAGGGCAAUUUCUACCUCAAAAAGUUCGUCAAACUCGGUGUGCUCAGUGAAAUUCCUCAAAUCGAAAAUGAUCAGGAAGAUCAAAAUGAGACAAAAAUCGUCUGCAACGUACCGGACUGUCGGUACAGUUCCAGCUCGGUUGGCGAUUAUGAAUCGCACUACAACUCCCAGCACCGGUAUUCGUGUGCGGAAUGCAAGAAGACCCUACCCAAUGCGCACCUGUUGGAUUUGCACCUUUCGGAGUCGCACGAUUCCUACUUUGCCGCGCAGGUUCAAUCUGGAAAGCGUCCGAUGUUUUCCUGCUUCCUAGAAGAGUGCAAGCACAAAAGCCAAACCCCAGAGGAACGUCGCGAUCACUGCAUCAAACAGCACAAAUUUCCUCACAAUUUCCGGUUUGAUCAAAGAGUGUCCACUCAGAAGAAACCGGCCCGUUCGAGGGCGUCCCUAUCCGAGUCAUCCACCACAGAUCAAAUGGAAGUCGAAACUGCUGCCAGUGCUGCUAGUGCUGAUUCCAAUUCCAGUUCCGUAGCGAAAAACACCAAAAACUUCAACUUUGGACACUCGAAGGUGCGCUCAUUCAAGCCGGACAAAACUGCCAAAAAGUCCGACAUUUUGGAAAGCAACCGCAUGGUGGUCGACUUGCUGGAAAGUCUUCCCAAGGACUGAUGGCAACACUGAUUUUUGUUUAUAAAUAGUUUAUUUUGUCAAAAUAAAUAAGUUAAAUAAAUAUGAAUAAAUAAAUGCUCGCUUGAAAAUUAUGA